UUAUUUAUUUGGCAGUGAUGGUGUUGGGGCAUGGAUGUGCGCGAUGGGCGCUACAGUGGGUGGCGCUGGUGGCAUGCACGCUGGCGGGGGCGCUGGCGCCCGAGCGGGUGGAGCCCUGCGCCGGCAGCCCGCUCUGCUCCUGCCGAGUCGCCCACAUGUCCUGCAUCGCCGUGCCAUUACACAGGUUUCCAGAAUGGCCCCGAAUAGAGCUGCAACAUCUAGAUAUAAGCAUGUCUAACCUAGAAGUGCUGACAGAGAGCGCGCUGGACGGAUUGAGAUUGCAAACAUUAGUUUUAGUCGCUAACAAAUUACAUUACAUCGAGAUGCACGCAUUUAGUUCCAUGGCGGGUACACUAGCAUCUUUAGACCUCGGUUACAACGAAUUCACUGAAAUACCGCAGCAGGGCUUAAAAGAUUUAAAAGUUUUAAACUGGUUGAAUCUGCAGAACAACAAUAUAGUGUACAUAGGACCUGAAAUUAAAUGGCACCACUUGGAAGAAACGUUGACGAGUCUGUCACUGAGUAACAACCAAGUAACGCAGCUCAAGUCGCAAGCCCUGACCUCGUUGUACCACUUGCUGCAGCUUGACUUGGAAGGAAACCACCUCCGGACCAUCAGCCCCGACUCCUUGCCUGCUUCCCUGACACUCCUCAAGCUAUCCAACAACUUCAUCCAUGAACUUUCCUGUGAUUUACUUUAUAGUCUGCCUAGGUUACAAUCUGUACAUUUACGACACAAUUUUAUAACAUUCACUGAUAAUUACGUUUGUUCAACUAAUAAGACUAAGAAAAUAGAAAAAUUAGAUUUGAGUAAUAACAAAAUUAACGAUAGUUCCCAAUUACUUCUCCUGCGGGAAAUCCAAAUUAGACAAAUUAUAUUAGAUCUUAAUGAAUUAACGACGAUCCCCAAAUUGGUUUUCACCAAUAAUAGGAUAGAGAGAUUGUCCGUGUCGUACAAUAUGUUGAGUUCCAUUAGCCGCGAUCUAUUUUUGUCUUUGAAAAACUCCCUCGAACAUCUGGAAGUGGAGCACAACAGAUUGUUCCACUUGCCGGACAGCUUGGCGCAGCUCGUGCGACUCCGUCAUUUAUCAUUAGCUUACAACCAGCUGGAGGAGUCGCCUGCCCUCCCCAGCCGCAUUCAGACGCUCUCGCUAGCCGGCAACUUUUUAACUUCAAUACCCUCCGCACUUCAAACACUCGAACCCGGUUCUAUUCGUUAUCUCGACUUAAGCUACAACAGGAUAUCUAAUUUGUUACCAAACGAAUUCCAGGAAUGGUCCUCUUCUCUUGCGAAUAUCAACUUGAGAGGUAACAGGAUUGCGCAGAUUUAUAAGAACGUUUUUCCCGCUAGCAUGUCAUUGAAAGAGAUACAUCUAAGUUUUAACGAUUUAUACUACGUGCAUCCACAAUCUUUUGCGAACGUGACUAGGUCGCUCCGCAUUCUGGAAUCGUCUUCUACACUGUUCAGUGGGUACUUUCCAUUCGAAAUGGAAGAAGGUUUGGAGAAUAUCAGUUGGUUAUCGUUCGAUAACAACGAUUUUCAUAUACUCAAACUGUCAGAUAUAGUCUUGUUUCCCUUUUUAAAAUACUUAAACUUGGAUUACAACAGAAUAGUAGACAUUGUCAUCGGUGAAGACUAUCACAACGAAUCCCUGUAUCUGACUAACUUGCGACUCGCGUAUAAUUUUUUGCAUUCGCUGCACAGCAGAAGUUUCAUAUACAUGCCAGAGUUGAGAAACUUGGAUUUAUCUUAUAACAGAAUCAACAACUUAACUAAGCACACUUUCACAAACUUACCAAACUUGAGAUAUUUAUCUCUUGCGGGUAACAUAAUCGAUUCGAUGGAAGCCGAGACGUUUGCUAAUUUACCAAAACUGCAAAUAUUGGAGCUCCAGGGAAACAACUUUACGUAUUUAUCACUGAACGCGUUCCAUAACAUAUCUAAUAUAGACGUUACAUUCACGUUGAACGUUAGCAAAAACCACAUCAAGUUUGUAGAUGGCGAAGCCACAAUAUCGGUUAACAUAUUUGACGGUUCGUACAACGACCUCUACGAUGUGCCAAACAAUUUUUUUGUUGCUGUCGCCUCCUCGAUACGGCAAAUUAUUUUAGCGCAUAAUAAAAUUAUCCAGGUAUCAAAUGAAGCUUUUGGUGACGCAAAAUACUUAGAAAUAUUAGAUUUACAUAAAAAUAACAUUAACAAUAUCAAGAGAAAGUCCUUUACUGAUCUGAUAUCUUUACAAAUAUUGGAUUUGUCAUUCAAUGUUAUUUCACAAUUAUCCGUGGAACAGUUCUACAAUUUGAACAAACUUAGGUAUUUGAAAUUGGACCACAAUAAUUUAAGGUUGCUGCCGAGAGACGUGUUCAAGAAUACCAUCAUCGAGCAUUUAGACCUGAGCUUCAACGACAUGUCGCUGUUCCCGGGCACCGCGCUCUCGCAGAUCGGCUUCACGUUGCGCUACCUCGACAUGUCGCACAAUCGCAUCGAGUACUUAGACAGUAAUAUAUUCCGCAGCACACAGUUCCUCUUGAGUCUCAAUUUGGGUCACAACCUAUUAACCGUGCUAUCUGAUAACACAUUUUCGAGCCUCGGCGGGCUUCGUACUCUAGACCUGAGCUUUAAUUCCAUAAAGGCCAACUUCAAGGAGCUGUUUCAUAACCUUCCCAACUUGAGGCAUUUGAAUCUUGGAAAUGUAAGCUUAAAGUCAGUGCCUUAUCUACCUUUGACAAACUUAACUAGCCUCAAUUUGACUUCAAAUUACAUUAACAGUUUUAAGGAGACUGAUGUAAAGCGACUAGCGAGUCUUCGUCACUUAGACCUUAGUAACAAUCGUCUUACCUCUUUAGUGCCAAAGAUGUGGUUUCAUUUAAGUAAUUUAAAUGUCCUCGAUCUGUCGUACAACCCUAUCGUAAGAAUCACGCCAAAUAGUUUCAAAUGGUUGAGCAAUUUAUCUCAUUUGAAUUUAAAUGGACUUAAAUACUUGGACAUAGUUGACCAAGAUUCCUUCCGUCCCUUGAUAUCACUCCGGUCCCUGCAUAUUCAAUCGUGGUCGACUAUAAAUCACUCUACUUUCCGAAUCGCCAACAUCACCUCUUCCCUACCCUCACUUUACAAAUUAGUUAUACACUGGACCGACGACAUCAUGGAUAAUCAAUUAUACGGAAUCGAUGCGAGGAACAUCCGAUACUUGGAAAUUAGAGGAUCGAACCUGAAACGAAUAUCUGACGACGCCUUUCAACCGUUCGCCAACAGUCAAGAGAUAUUUAUCCGGAUCACAAUGACUUCCUUAACGAAAUUGCCGACAGCAUUUAUGAGGCAUUUGGGGCAAGUUCCGCAACUCGGAGUCGACUUGAGCUACAAUCAACUUACGACCCUAAAUCCAGCGAUUUUCUAUCCGAAUUUCACGAGCUGGAGCCACGUAGCGACCAAGUUACUGUCAGGAGGGCUGAUACUGACGGGGAACCCGCUGCGGUGUGAGUGCGAGCUGGCGUGGGUGGGCGCGUGGCUGCGGCGCUGGCUGCAGGAGAACGACGCGGGCGCGGAGCUGCGGCGCGCCGUGCGCAGCGGCACGUGCAAGGACGCGCUCGGCCGCCGCGUGCCGCUGCUGCAGCUGCGCGCCGACGAGGCCGAGUGCCACGCCAGCGCGCUCUCCAGCGACGCGCAGCCGCACUACACCGACAUCGUCUACACCCUCGCACUCGCUCUCUGGACCAUACUACUCAGAUGAUGACUAAUUCUACUCUAAACCUAUCACUAGUAAAUAAAUGUAAAUAUGUUUCAUCUCCACCGAAUCUAAUGUUUGCAAACUGACUAGGUACAUUUUAUACACGGUACAUUAAUGAUUUUUGUAGGUACGUGAACGUGUAUACAUAACAUAGAUAGGAGAAAGUAACUUUUAUGCCUAUUUCAUAACAUAUUUCGAUGUGUAAGGUAGGUACGUAAUUUAAGGUCAAUUAGGUUUUAUAGAUAUUGUAAUCGAUAUUGUAUUUGACACAAUAGAUUGCUCACUGAAUAUGACCAUUUUCAUACGAGUACGUGUGUAAUGUAGUAGUUCUGUCACAUUUCUUUAUGUAAUCAUAAUUAAAACUUCGAAGUAUACUUAUACGUAACCUACAUACGUUAAACGUAUCUACCCUACGGCGGCCACAAGUUGUUAUUCUUUUGUAAAUUUACUUUAUACUCGUGUAAAUAUGUACAAAAGUAAAUAUUUUUACAUAAUAA